CCCCCCCCUCCCCCUGGUAGCAGCCGUACGCCCUGUCAACGAAUGCCUACUGUCACCCGAAGUGUUCCCCUCAAUUAGUCAUCCUGAUUAUCACGAAUCCUCAAAAAUCUUCCAAUGUUUGCGUAUUAUUUGCUGAAGGAAUUUUCCUAAGUAAACAGUGGUGGAUUAGUGCUGUCUGGAUAUGACGAGCAAUUGUAAGUCACUGAGUUCAGUGGCUGAGGAUUACUUCCACAAUUUGAAUCCUCUGGCUCGGAGGAUCGCCGAUGACAUCGAGGCGACGAAAGAGGCGUACGAGGGACUGUGGGGAACACUGAGCUUGAAGGAGAAGGAUCAGGCUAUUGACGAGACCAUCAUUCAACCGGAAAUUGCACUGCAGUAUGCGGUGGGAGUUGGAGAUCUGGGGAAGGACAUGCCAGAGUGGUAUCCACGAUUGAGGAUUCAGACGGGGUUGAGGCAUGUCAUUGAUGAAACUGGUUCGACUCUCCGAUGGAAAGACGAGCACUCUGGACCCUUCAGUUUCAUGACCCGUUCCCAAAUGGACCUCUCCAUCUUCGCCGCCCCCGAGAAUUCCCGUAUCAAGUCCUCCGGGAACUACAGCGACAACUCUCCCCACUUCACUAGCCCCAUUCAGCUCGAGGAAAGUAGUUUCGAGAGUUCUCUGAACGAGUACACAACGUCGUCCAAUCCCACGAGUUUCUACCAAUCCGAGAGCUACUCUGAUAGUGUCUUCAAGAGCCCUGACCCCGCCAGAUCUGCCAGCCAACCGAAUGACAACAUCUUCACCAAGAUGAUGAGUAAAACAUCAUUUCUGAAGAUGGGGACCAGUCCGGAUGAUGAAAUGGAGAGCUUGGUGCCACAGAGGAGUGCUACGAGAGGUGGCCAAAAAAAUGUGGGGGGAAACAAAAUCCAGAUGAAUAUCAAUCUGUCGAGUGGCUCGAGGCCGAAGUCUGGGGACAUUAAUGAGUCCACAGCUCUCUUGGAAACACCCAGCUCGUACAGUAGCUUCCAGUCUGCCCAGACUAAUCAGGAUGAGGGAAUCCCAAAGACUGGAUUUGAAUUCUUAGAUAAUUGGUAAAAUGAAUCGGUGAGGAAGAUGCUUUAACGUUGAAAAGUGCUAUAGGAUUCUAGAUGAAACUGUGCGUGAGGCGACCCUGUGGAGAAUUGGUGCAUAGACUCGAGAUGUCUCGUUUGAAAUUAAAUUUUUGUUGGUCAGAGAUAUUCCAAGAGCUUCUUCCAGGAAAAUUCCAUUUCCAAAUUCUCCUUAGGGUUGCCUUAUAGGAAUUUCUAUAGAAUUAUUCUAUGGCCAUGAUUCAUGUGUGAGUGAUCAAACAAGGCGAGUCGUCCUGAAUGGGAAGAUCUGAUUUUAAAUUAAUGAUCAUCUUGUCAAAUGACUUCACCACUGAAUCCAUUUAAUCACAAUUUUCGAGGGAUUAUCCAUGACUCCAAAGAUAUAAUAGACUGAGCCUAUACAUUAGAAAUUGUAUCCAGCAAUAGCUUCGACUGAAACAUUACUCGAUAUUCUAUUUUUUAAUUGCCACUAAUCAUCCUCAUAUCUAAUACAAAGUACAAAGGUAUUGGAUAAAACAAUUUACUCAGAUGGAGAGAAACCCAGUCAGUUUCGCAAUUCAAUUUUGAUACCCACAUUUAUACACCAAUAAUCUCAGUACUUAAAAUAAGCCAUUUUGUACUCAAAAAUAUUUCAAUGAAUAAAAAUGUCCGGCUGUUUGAAUGAAAACACGAAUAA